UCUUCUUAACAAACAGAGUAACACAAAAAUGAUGUCGAAAAGUCGUUUGGUAUCUAUGCUGCCUCUGAUGUUUGUCAUUCUGGUGACAAAUGGCCUCGGUUUUACGGAAGAAGGUAAUUCCUAUUUCGGACGCACUCUAUAAAGUCGGUGAUGGUACAAACCAUGCAAUGGAGAUCCCCUUUUGAUGGAAAAUAUUUCUUUACAUGAAUAAUACAAAAAAACAAAUUUAGAGAAAAGAACAACUAGUAAUGAAGGACGUAGAAGAUCACAAUAGUUCCGGACAAUAGUUUGAAGAAUGUUUAACUAUAACCCUUCUGAAAAUGCACCGAUUCUUGCCCAGUAAACUGGAAAAGAGACAAGCGAGAUAUUUGGUCGGAUAAAAAAAUGUCCCAGAGCAGAUUGCCUUUCUUUUUCUUCUGGAAGUUGGUUUUGAAUCAGAAUUGUGAACCUAUAGUUGGGUGGGUGGCCUGAAAGGGAAACAUUUUAGCUAGGAUUUUUCUUUUUCAGAUCGGGAAAUGUAGUAUUUUCAAAAACGCAGUGGUACUGGAUAGAAACCACAGCAAACAGCAUUUGAAGCAAAUUUGAAAUAAGGCAGUACGAUCUUAAGCCCUAGUCGCUCUGAUCACUCCAGGGCUCAAAAGCUACCAACAAAAAGGGAAAGCCGUGUUCUGCUAACAAUUCUAACAUUUACAGACAUUCAAGAGCUUGACCUCCCCAGAGAGGAUGGAAGUUAUGUUGAGUUGGAAGAUCCAGGCAUUCAAGAGCUGGACCUCCCUGAGAAGGAUGGAAGUUACGCUGAGUUGGAAGAUCCUAACACGGAUCCGGAUGUUGUCAGUGAAGAUCCAAGGCGUCGAAUAAGUCGAAGGUAGGACGAACAGCUACGCGCAGAAAAGUUAAGGCAUUUCUAAUGUUAAGGUGAGGGACCUUCCCCUCAUUUACUAACUAAAAUAAACUGUAGGCCAAAAGCUAGAGAUGUUGAAGAAAAUCAAUUUUUUUUCGCGACAGAUGUGGACCGGACGUGACAUCUUGGCUUAUAAGGCAAAUGAACCGUAACAGAAACAACAGAGCCAUCAGAAGUUGCCGAAGCUGGUACAACACUUUUCUCUGGCCCAGGUGUCUCGUUCAGUUUGCCAACCUUGUCGCUAACUGCAAGCCGUGGGAUUACAAAUGCACCCAGACGUUCAGACGACGAUCAUGUCCCUAUCGUUGCCCAAAAACUGUGACCCUGUGUGGACGAUGCGUAAAUUACGAUGUACCUGGAAACAUCCACUAUGGCUACGUCGGCCGCGCUGCCAGCAUUCGACGCUGGGUGCUGCUGUUUGCCGCCAACACCGUUCAAAAGGGUGGCAUCGACGACGCCAGGGAUCAGGUUGCCAUCAGAAUUGGAAUGGACCGGUAUGACGUCCCGAGUAAGAGAGCAAACUUUUGCCGGGAUGUACUGAGUAGAAUUGGUUCCUUGAAUCGCGAUGGAACCUCGGGCUGCCAAAGAUGUACAACGAAAUACUAACUAGCUGGAGCCACAGGUUCACCACGAAAAAACCACAUGAGAUGUAACACGAAUGAUGAGGACAGUUUCACGUGAAAGUGUACGACGAAUUUACUAACGGCAAAAACUAAGACUACUGUGUAAUUUCCGGAAAAUAUUUUUAAAGUAACCUUGUAAUUCAUUCUAUUUUGUUAAGUCGCUCUAUAACUGAACAUGGUAUACAAAUUCAAUGUUUCAAGCAAUACCGAUUACGAAGACAAAGACAGGCAAAGGCGC